AUGUUUGUGAAAGUGAAUGUCCUGCCCUCCGCAGUUCUAAACCCACCCCUGUGCUCCCGGAGAGCUGGACGCAGAGCUGGCCUCAGUGCAGGCGCAGGCACGGUGGCCAGCCUGCGUGAGGUGGAGUGGCCAACCCUGUCCCCCCACCCCACCAAGCCCACCCGGUGGGACAGGGGACCUGAGGCAAGAGAACAGAUCAGCAGGGCCGCACACACUCUGGCAGGCGGUCAACUUGGCCAGGGAAGACACGUGUCACAGACCCUCCCCCAGCUCCAAAGCGCUGGGACACCAUUGGAGGGAGAGAAACUCCGGGAGGAAGAGGAAGGGCAAGGUCAGGUGGAAGUGGACCGCCUGUCUCCUGAGUACCCCUGUCUGCUCUCAGCCCUGCAGCUGCUAUUGUGGUAUGAGGCACUCUGGCUGGUUCAAGCAGCCGCCCCCCUGGGCCCUACCAGCUCCCUGCCCCAGAGCUUUCUGCUCAAGUGCUUAGAGCAAAUGAGGAAGGUGCAGGCUGACAGCACCGUGCUGCAAGAGAGGCUGUGCACCACCCACAAGCUGUGCCACCCCGAGGAGCUGGUGCUUCUCGGACACGCUUUGGGCAUCCCCCAGCCUUCCCUGAGUGGCUGUUCCAGCCAGGCCCUGCAGCUGACGGGCUGCCUGCGUCAACUCCACAGCGGCCUCGUCCUCUACCAGGGCCUCCUGCAGGCUCUGACAGGGCUACCCCCUGAGCUCACCCCUGCCUUGGAAACGCUGCAGCUGGACAUCGGCGACUUCGCCAUCACCCUCUGGCGGGAGAUGGAAGAGCUGGGGGUGGCCCCAACAGUGCCACCCACCCAGGGCGCCAUGCCAGCCUUCACCUCGGCCUUCCAGCGCCGGGCCGGAGGGGUCCUGGUGGCCUCCAACCUGCAGAGCUUCCUGGAGCUGGCCUACCGUGCUCUGCGCGCCUUUGCCAAACCCUAAGCAAAACCUUCCCCAACCAGUGUAUUUAUCUUUAUUUAAUAUUUAUGCUUAUUUAAAUCUAAUAUUUAAAGACAAGAAAAAGCAGGAAGGAGCCCCGGACUCUUGGGUCCUUCCUGCCGUCUCUGAGUUCUGUUCUCCUGCUUGUAGUAGGGAGAAAAGCCCCUGUCUUCCUGUCCCCUGGACUGGGAGGUAGCUAGGUAAAUACCACGUAUUGACUCCUGUGACUGCUCCCUGGCCUGGCUCUGUGGUGGGCACUGGGAAGAACCCCAGUGAACUCCUUACCCCAAGGGUACCCACCUUAAGACCCCUGGGAGCAUCAGGAAGUCUCCCAUGUGGGAGACAAGAAAACCCUGUUUAAUAUUUAAACAGCAGUGUUCCCCUCCUGGGUUCCCCCUCGCUCUGGCCUCACCAGCUCGGCUUGCACAUGCCCAGUGGGCCAGGUCUUGCUUCUCCUCCUGUCUAUCCCCUUCCCCACAGGCAUUA